AAAUAAAGGAUCGCUUCUCCUUUCCCUUACUACUCAUAUCAAAUCGUUAGAGCUUGAAAAUUAGUAUACUUGCAGUAGAAAUUACCCCGUGAUAGUCAUGUAUGAUAAUACCAAAUAUUUUCCACGAUCAAUUGACUCCGAGAUCCCAGACCAGUCAGAGGAGAGCGAGGCCACUGAAACUGACUAUCUAGUUAGGCACGAUAUGGUUUAUAAUCUGCAGGGCAAUGCCUUGGAAGAAGAUGUCCCAGAUGUUCCAUCGGGAAGCCUCAAGUCCCUCGGUCCAACUGCUCCAGAUUCUCAAAGGCCUUCCUCUUCGGAACCCCAACUGAUUAUUAUUUACGAGGAAGGAGACAUCAACAGCGCCCUUCAUUUCCUUAUCGAAUCCGCUCACAAUCCCUUUAGGCCAAAUGCGGUGGCCAUGGUACUGGUUGAGGAGAAAAUUCGCGAAGAGGUCGUCCGACGCAUCCUUACAAACCUACAACCGCUCAGCGAGUUGGUGACCGAGCAUCCCAGUUUCCUGGAGUCCCUGAGGAAGGCCGAGGCCUUGAAUUUGGAGCUAAUCAAAGCGGAGGACACCGAAGCGAAACCAUUUCAUUCUUACCCGGUUUUUGUCUGCGAGUGCACCCACGAUGUGCUGGGCAAAUAUCCCACUGGGGUCACAACCUUCUACACAUUUCGCAACAACCAGGAGGCCAUUGAUAUAUGCCACAGGCAGACCCUGACCUUCAGCGCCGUCUCCGUUUGGAACGAAAGCCUGGAUGGGUGCUACGAGAUUGCGGUGGCUCUCGAUUGUUCACACUUUUUCAUGAACUGCUUUAAUGUGCCUCUUUUGCCGAUUUCCAAGCAGCUGGCAUCGCCACAAAACUACGUGGCCAUUCACAAUGGAUAUCAUUUCGAAACCCUACACAUCUACAAUCAGUUCAAGUCUAUUGUUUUCCCCGUUGGCGAGCUAAUUUGGCCCUGUCUGAAUGAUGAGGAGGUGGAGCAAACGCCCAUUUCCUUCUUGGACCCCUAAAAAGUCUGAUUUGCUUCCUCUUCAAAAUAAACAAGAAAAUAAUCGCCAGUGAGGAGUAUUUGCAAAGUAUAAA